AAAUAAUUUGAGCUAGACUCACAAGUCCAAAACAACCAUGCCUAAGUUGGACUACUCCCUCAACGAAGAAGAUACUCAGAUGCUCCAAACCAUGAGAAAACAAAGAGACCCUAUCAUGGUUGUCAUUACUCUUCAGAUGAGCAAGACCAUUGCUGAGAUCGAGAAGACGGUUUACGCAAAAGAUUUACCCGAGGGUAAAACUACAGUAGAUUUACUCAGAUCACUGUGUUGCGAGGAGGACCAGUUUCAGAACAAACCCUGUAUUGUAGUAAUGAAUUACGUGUGUAAGAACAAGCGUAGUGGCGCUGACACCGACAAAGUCCUCGUAUUCAAGUGGAUUCCUGACACCUGCAGCAAGAUCAGACAAAAGAUGGUGUACUCCAGCGCAUGGGAGGGAUUCAAAACUAUGUUGAAUUCGUUUGCCAACAUCCAAACUGCCAACAUGUUUGAGGCACAGGAUUAUGAUGCUAUUGAGGAUAAACUAGCAGAAUGUUAAUCGUAUUGUUGGUCUCUCAAGUACUCUUUGAAUGCAUGGAGCACACCAAUAAAGGACCAGAUGGUAUUUACCUGCUCUCACCCGGUACAUUCCUUACUGAGUUACAGUUUUAAGUAAGGUACUUGUCCCUUAACAACGAGCAAUUUCUCUUCAAGAGGGUUUUAGUUGUUAAAUUGGUCUGGACUUGAAUGUUGUAUAUUGGUAUGUUCGCCUCUAUUUUAUAGUUCCAUCAAUAAUUAUGUUUCCUCUCUCGCAAGUCGACUGUGGCUUUUUUGAGCUCAGUUUGUCUUGAUGCUUUCCAUUUGGCCUUUACUUAGUGUAUUAAAAUUGAUUUUUAAAGGCUAUUUAAAAUUAAUUUACUAUUUUUUGCAAUAUACAGCUUGAUUUUUGAGCUCUUUAUGAGUGUACGAAUGAUUUUGAUGAUGACUCAUUCAUUGGGGCUCAAUUUUAGCUCAAACGUUCGACAAAAUGUAUAGAAAUUACUCACCACUUUUUAAAAAUAUAUAAAAUAUUAGUUGGAUAUAUAUGUUGAAAUUGGCGAGGGUAAGUCUUUUAUUAUGGUGUUAGAUUUUUUCUGCAUAAUUAUAUAAUUAUACAAUUAUACAAUUGCAUAAUUAUAUAAUUAUAAUCGGUUGUUUGUUCAUGUCAGAAAAUUUGUACGAAAUUCCUGCACAAUUCCUUCAAUUUUGAUGAUUUAGAUUUUGGGGUUUUCAGGAUUUCUUAUCUUAAAUUUCUAUCGUUUCAACGAGAGCACGUACGCUUCAAAUGCUAUAACAAUAUGAUGAUUGAGUACAAUAUACAAUGAUGCCAAAUAUAAGUUUCUGAAUUUGUUACUCGCUUGCUCAUAUUAGGUGGUUUUUUUGGUUAUUUUUACCAAUUUGACAAAGGACUAUA